UCCACAUGUGCGUUACAGCUUAGCUAACGCUAGCUAGCUACAGUAGCUAGUGGCUACAUGCAAUAAACCUUUAUGGAAUGAACUUCAUUACAUUUAGGUUAUAAAUGCUGAUUUUGAGACCGGGUUAGAUGUCGACACACUUCGUGUUACCCGGAAACUAGCGUUGCAUUGACAAGCUAACUUAUGUUAGCAUUCGCUCGCCUUUCAGUCCCAUGUCAGUUGUCAGCGGCACAAGAUGUGGAGAUGUUUACACCAAGUCUUUCAGCAGAACAGCAGAGAGAGUUGGCCCAAAGACUCACCGUCUUUCUGUCUCACUACAGCCACUUGUCCGACUCCUACAUAAUUGAGUUCUUCACUGAAGACCUCUGGCACACAUUACCCAGUACCUGGCAGCCUGUGCUGCAGGACCUGUCGUAUCCACAGAUUGCAGACCUGUUACUGGAUGCUACAUAUGGAGACAGGAGAUAUUCCUCAGUGUGGCCUCUCUCUCUUUUGGCUUUCCGUGCCACAGCUCAUGCUCUGGCGUUUCCCAGAGAGAGCAGGUGGGAGCGUGGCAGGGCAGGCAGCUCAGUGAGGCCUGAAGAGUUCCUGGAGAACCAGAGUCAGAGUUCACUGCUGGGCCACAUCUUCAGGAAACACGUCAAACCCAAGAAACAGCAUGAGAUUCGCAAGCUGGGCAUGCUGGUGAAGCAACUUUGUGACCACACUGACUGCAAGACAGUGGUGGACGUGGGCUCUGGACAGGGUCACCUGACUCGUUUCCUGUCCUUCGGGCUCGGACUGUCUGUGACUGCUAUCGAGGCCGAUCCCGCCCUGGUGGCUAUGGCGUCCAAGUUUGACAGACAGUUGCUGUGGGUGUUGGAGAAAGAGAAGCAGAAAAAGAGCUGCUCCUCUCACUUCUCGGUAACACAGCCCUGUCCCCACCAUGUCACCGGUUGGGUAAAUCCCAAGGCAUCAUGGGAGGCCUUCACCAAGCAGCUGAGUGCUGCAGGCUGUGUCGGUGAAAGUCCCCCAACUCCAUCUGGACCCAGUAAAAAGAGACUGCGGGGCUCUAAGCAUCAGGGACAUGUGGUCCAGACAUCCAUAUCUCCUGGCUCCACAGACUCUGAUGCUCACGUGACAUCACAACACCAGCUGACCACAACCGAGCCUGAAGAGGCAUCAUCUGUCUGUCAGGAGGGAGCACAUCCUGAGGACAACAGCCUGCAAGGCCAUGCAGACUUUGUUCUGACUGGUCUUCACGCCUGCGGUGACCUCAGCCCCACCCUCCUCCGCCACUUUGUCAACUGCCCACAUGUUUGUGGCAUCACCUCUGUGGCAUGUUGCUACAUGAAAAUCACAACCAAAGAGAAUCCCACCCCUCCAGGACUGAUUGAACCUCCCACUCCACCAGCACCUGGUCAGGAUUCAGUCCCUUCUCAGUUUGGCUACCCAAUGAGCUCCUGGGUUGGGGGGUUGCCGGGACAUCAGCUCUCCUAUAAGGCACGAGAGGGAGCAUGUCACGCUGUGGAGGACUAUGUGCGGCGGCUCAGGGAGGAGAGCAAGCUGCUGGUGACACACUGUUACAGGGCGAUGCUGGAGACCUUCAUUAGGGAUACGAGGCCGGAUCUACGCAGGGCAGGAAUCCAGACCAUAAAAAAAGCCCAUCUGGUACCCUUUACAGAGUACGCCCGUCUGGGUCUGUCUCGGGUCGGCCUGCCUCCUGAGUUGCCUCUGGACCUGGAGCGGGUGGAGGCCAUGUUGAAGCAGCAGGGCAGGGUGGUGGUGUACUUUAGCCUGGCCCUGCUGCUGGCUCCUGUGGUGGAGACGCUAGUGCUGCUGGACAGGAUGAUCUACCUGCAGGAGAACGGUGUGGACAGUCAGCUGGUUCCUCUCUUCGACCCACACUUCUCUCCAAGAAACUUUGUGCUCGUGGCUCAGAAACCUCGAUAGUGUGGUGAACCAGGGAAGGUCCACAGUCACAGAUGGCAGGUGACCUAAGUCUUAAGGUUAUUUUGAUUUCAGCCUGUUUUUAGAUAGAUUAAGUAAUGAACAUCUAAGGGAAGGCGUUUUUAUCAUCUGAGCUGCGGACAUUUUUUUGCCAGAAUGAGGACAGCUGAUGGACAGUUUCACUGUGACACAGGAACAUACUGGGAUCUCAGUUCUGCAUCCAUGAACAUGGAACAAUGGACAAACAUUUGCACGUCACCCUGGUUAUCACUCAGCGUCUUCAUGGUGACACACAGAAGGCAUUGUGUGUUUGGCACAGUUUGGAUUCUGCGUACAUUGACAUUAUGAUUUAGUUAUAUUGAAUUGCUUCUCUACUUUUUCUAAAGCACUACAGGACGAAUGUGUGCUUCAAUGUAUGUGGACCUCAAAACAAUAAACAGUGU